AUGCCCGUUGGCAUCUCGGGUAUCAAGCUCAAGCCCCCCACUAUCACCACAUGGCGCACUUGGCCUCCAAUCAUUAUCGUCCCCACAUCCACUUUCAUGCACUCAUACGUGUCUGAGGACAACAAGAGAGAUCCACGAAGAAGCGCGGCACCAAGAUUCCGAAGCGACCACCGCAUCAUCGAGACGAAGAUUAUUCGCUUCAUCGGAAUCAAGGUCAGAACGAAGCCCUGUUUGGACAGGGUUGAUGAGAAGACCUUAACGAAUGAGCUUGUGAAUCACCUUCCUCCGAAGAGUGAUUCCCUCAGCACUCGUGAGCAGAUCGUCAGCUACAUUUCCAAGCUGAUUCAAGCCUUGAGGGAAACCAUUCGUUUGGUUGCUCCCAGGAUUGAGAUUGGCUUCCAGAGGAAACGACAAACCAUCCUCGAAAAGCAGUUGAACGAUCGGAUGUCUCAGGUGACUUCUCUGCAAGAGAGGGAUAAGCGAGAGCUGUGGCGUAUAUUCACCGAGGCGGAGCCCCCAUCUAUACGCAAGACCUUUCAUUUGGCGUCCUUGGGACAGAAGAUUUGUCGACCCGUCGAAUCCUCACAGCUACCUACGAUGACUCACCUCGGCGAGAAGGAUGCCGAUACUCCUGGCGGGAAGAUUGGCAUGUUCAAGAAGGUCAUCUUCCGCGCCAACGGCGGUCCAAAGUCCUGCACAGCACCGGUCCAGGCAGAUUUCACACAUCACGGGAAAGAGCUUCAUAUCCGACAGAACUUGAGCGACGAGGAACUCAAGGAGCUUAUCAGAGGUUUGCCGAGAUGGAAGUCGACCGGGUCCGAUCAAGUCCCGUACGAAGCCAUUCAGCUCGGAGGCGGCAUUUUGCGGAACCAUCUUUUACGGGUGUUCCAAGUCUGCCUGCAGAUGGGCUAUCACCCGGCCAACUUCAAAGAUGCGAUUCUCGUUAUGGUACGCAAGUCACCUAAGCCUGCCAACCAGCCUACGAGCUGGAGGCCCCUAGCCUUGCUGUCGUGUCUCGGCAAGAUUCUCGAGAAGAUUGUGGCUUCAAGGAUGCAAGAAGCCCUCAAGGCAAAUCCACAUCUUCUACCGGCAGGACAGUUUGGCUGGAGAACGACCUCGGAAGCCCUCGAGUACAUGCUUGACAAGAUAUACAGUGCCUGGGCCAUGGGCAAGGUUGUUACCAUCAUGGGGCUUGAUAUAAGCGGUGCUUAUGACAAUGUCUGGAGGCAGGCCCUCAUCCAGACUCUGGCUGACAAAGGUUUCCCACGAUGGAUCGUCAACAUGAUUCAGUCUUUUCUUUCCGAUCGCACAGCGUGCUUCAACCUUCCUGGCAUUGUAUCCCUGCCUUUCGAUCUCAACACGGGUGUUCCCCAGGGUUCGCCGCUCUCGCCUAUCCUUUUCCUCUUCUUCGCCUCUCCCCUUCUCCAACGUGCAAAGACAUUCAAAAAUUACCCUGUCGAGGCGGAUGGCAAGAGGAGCAAAGUCGACCUCUUUGCAUUUGCAUUCGUGGACGACAUUUACCUCAUGGCCAUAUCAGACAACUACGCGGCCAACUGCAAAGGUCUCGAGAUGUUGCACGAGGGACUCAUGGACACAGCAAACGAGCUUUUGGAUCUUCGUUUCGGGGCCCAUAAGUACAGCAUCAUGCACUUCAAGAAACCGCAGAGCAAGAAGGGCCAUAACGACGUGAUCCCAAGCAUACCGGGCUUUUGCAAGAAGCCAGAACCCAACAUGAGAAUCCUCGGCGUUAUUGUCAGCAGUGAUCUUACUUGGGGAGAUCACAUUUCGAUGGUUAUUAGCAAGGUGAAGCAGAGGAUGGGCUACCUGAGUUUCAUAUCUGGUCCACACUGGGGUCCCAAUCUCAAGACAAUGCGCCUCUUCUUCAUAUCCAAGAUCCGACCCGUCUUCACAUAUGCCUGCGGAGCAUGGUUCAUCACAAGGGAACGGGACGAAGACAGGAUCAGCUACCAGAUCAACAACAAGCAGAUGAAUCGUCUAGAGGAUGCCUACACUUUCUGCCUUCGCAAGAUUUCCGGAGCUUUCGACCGCACAGCUCCACAGAUUCUGGAGAAGGAGAUGUUCAUCGAGAACAUAUGGACAGUUCUCCAUUCACAGGCCACUCUACAUCGCGCCAAACUGCUCUCCGCUCUUCCUCCAUCAUGGGUAUCAGACAAGAACUACGACUUUUUGAAGUCUGGGGUUCGCAACCCGUAUGAUGAUCUGAAACUUGAUGCUUGGGCAUGCAUCAUGAACCUGCACGAGUCUAUCAACUUGAACGAAAAGCCAGAGUUCCGCGAGGCAGGAUUGAGAGCCCCAGAUGAUCCAAAAGCUCGCAACAGCAGACUGAGAAGUUUCAUCAAGGUUGGAGCAGCCCGAAGCUGCAGCGUCAGAUGGGAGAAGUAUGUCCUACAACGAAGGGUUGAGAAAGCCAUGACGUCUCGCGGGGAUAACAGCGCUCAGCUCCCUGCUGUCCUCCUGGAGCCUUGGAGCAAAAGGAGCCUUGGAUACUACGAGAAGAACAUGACCCGCGCCCAGACUACCAUUCUCCUCCACUGCCGGACCGAGUUCAUCGGACUCAAGGCCCAUCUUUCUAAGAUUGGCAUCAAGGAAGCGGGACCUGGCCGCUGUGCAUGCGGGAAGUUUCGAGAGACGCCAUUCCAUCUCUUUGUUCAGUGCGAGAGGCUCAAGGACGCACGCAAGAAGCUUGAGCAAAAGGUCCGUCAUAUCAGCUAUCAAGACUUGCUCACCAAGCACAGCCAGAUUGCAACCCAGUGGGCCUUGAAGUACUUCGACAUUGAGCAGUUUGACUCGGUGAGUUGGACGAUGCAGACCCCCCACCUACUCACUCACGGACCCCUUCCCAUCGCUCUUCCACCAGAGGGAGGACCACGCGGGCUCCAGGCCGGCAUCACCCCUACCCUCCGAGGACUACGGCCUAUCGCUCUGCUGGGCACAGGAGAUGGCGUCGUUGAGCGCGCUCCUAGCCUCGCUAUCCCCUCCCUUUCGCCAUGA